GAUAUAAUGUCAUUGUUCAUCAAAGCAUUAAAGGAUCAUUGUUUGAAGAAACUACAGACUCAAGGAAUGACAGUUGAGAUGAACAAAACUCUUUUUGUCGUUACUGUUCCUGCAAUAUGGACGGAUGAAGCAAAGAAGUUCAUGAGAGAUGCAUCGAUAGCGGCUGGUAUUGGUAACAAGAACUUGUUAUUGGCGUUGGAACCAGACGCUGCUGCUAUAUAUUGUUUAAAUCUCCCUGAGGGUGAAAGACAAGACAUGAAUGAUCUUGGUAUGAAAGGACAGAAGUUUCUAGUUGCAGACUUGGGAGGUGGAACAGCUGAUUUAUUUGCAGUGGAAGUCGAAGAAUCAGGUUUUGUUAGGGAAAUAUGUCCACCACUAGGUGAUCCGGUCGGCGGUCAAAAUAUAAAUAGGGCAUUCCUGCAAAUUUGUUAUGAUUCAUUUGAAGGAGAUGAUUGGGCGAAGACUUUUGGUAAAGCCACUCCAGUUGAAAUGUGGAAAAUGGAAGCCGAUUUUGAGAAAAAGAAGGUUGCAAUUGGGUCAGACGAUCCAGAUGGUGAAAUGAUUGAUCUGGAAAUUCCUUCAUCAAUACGUGAAAGCUUGCAUAAGCAGUCAGUCAAACUGAAGGAUACAAGAUAUAUUGCCCUUCAGGAUAGAGAGUUUAUGUUUAACUCAGAGCUGAUACGAAAAAAUCUUUUUCAGGAAACAUGUAAAAUUAUUUAUGGAACUAUUAAGAAAGUACUUGAUGAACCUGAAGCAAAUGGAUUGAAAACAGUCGUACUUGUUGGAGGUUUUGCUGAAUCGCCAAUUGUCGUCGAAAAUAUCCGGAAAAUGAUUGCCAAUGAUUUUCAAGGAACAAAGGUUUUUAUACCAUCAUCGCCUUUCAAAGCUGUAUUGAAUGGGGCAGUACUCUUUGGCCAUGAUCCUAUGAUAAUCAAAAGCAGAAUCAGCAGGGAAACAUAUGGAAUAGAAACAAACGUUAAGUUUGAUCCAAAUAUACAUGACGAGCAAAAAAAAUGGAACCUGGAGUCCACCGGAGAAGAUUAUUGCAAAGAUGUAUUCGAUCUACAUGUUCGCAAAGGACAAUCUGUUGUUCUGGGCAGCUCACAACCAGUUCAAAAAUACAACCCUAUGUACGAACAUCAAACAAGGUUACGUCUUCCUAUUUACAAGUCGUCAUCAAUAAAUCCAAAGUACACAGACGAAGUUGAAUGUGAAAAGUUAGGAGAGAUCAUUGUUGACUUUGAAAAUACAACAGAAGAUACUGAGAAAAGUGUAGAUGUGACAAUGAUUUAUGGAGGGACAGAAUUAUCCGUCAUUGCUAAAGACAACGCUUCGGGGAAGGAGUACAAAGCUGACAUGACAUUCAAUAACGUUGAAUAAGAAGAGUAUAUGAUAUAGCUCAAAUGAUUAAAUCACUUUGGUUUAUUAAUAAUGGUAAAAAUACAUUAUCAUAAAUAUUUUGACAUGUUAUUGACCUUAAUGAGCUUUGUAAACGUUUAUUUCUAUGGUGGUAAAUGCGAUUCGGAUGAAAAGGUAAAGUUUUUUCCACUUUGGACUCAUGAGAUAGAUAAAACAUGCUAUGGAUAAAUCAUAUAUUUGCUCGACAUAUGCGAGAAGAAAAAUGAGUUUUUAUAUGUUUUAACUUGUAUUAUGAUACUAUAAACUGUUUAUUUAUGUUCCGUUUCUCUAAAAUAAGACCACCAAUCGAUAAGCCUUUAUGAGUAUCUGUUGUAAAUAAUUAUAAUUUGGACUUUGUAGCGAUUCAUCAUUGAUUUUAUUACAAUCCAUAAAAGUCUGGAAAAGAUGAAUAUCAUGGAGAUCAUUUAAUAUCCCUGACUUGUACUGCAAUAUGGCCUAGUCAGCAGGAGUGAUGCUUUUACCAUAUUGUAUGGUGUCAUAGACCUGAAUUUGAUUGGCAGGGCAGUACCUUAAGAAAUUAUUAAAGAAUAUUAAGAUGUCUGUAGUGCUAUGUAAUUAUUUUUCAAAGAUAACACAUAUUGAUUGAAGAAUCAUUAGUUAUUUUGUUUUACAAAAGUAAUAAAAUAAAUUUUGGGGUCGUUUUUGACUAACAUUUGUUAUAAAAACCCUUAAAAGAACAGCAGUAAGGA